AAUCUUUUUGCGUUCUCCAACUUACAUAUUUAGUGAGCCACAUUCUGAGCAUUUAAUAAUACAUGUUUAAAGCUUUUCGGUAUUAUAGGAACUUCUUAAUUUUAUUAUCGACUAAUCGUAUAAUGAAAGAUGCAGAGAUAUGUGUGUAACAAAAUUUCUUCCUUAUUACAUUGCAAUACUAAUCAAGGCGUAGAUUUAAAUCUUCUGGUGAAUCAUUUCAAAUGCGUCGCACUGUUACAAAGUAAUUUAUUCGAAAUAUUCUCUACGUAUAAUAUGUUGUGCAACAUGGCACCAAUCACAACUCGUAAUUUUGUGAUCUGAACUGAAGGUUUUUAAGGUGGUUAAUUGUCAACACUUGUAAACAAUUGUCAGCCUGAUCAUCUUCUAAUUCGAGCGAAAACGUUGAGACGAAAAAUUAACUUUCCGGAGAACCGUCAUGUUUUAUAAUUAUCAACUGUGAAUCAAUUUAUCUCAAAAUGGCAGAAAAUCUUUCGAAACGACCAACGAAAGGAAUUUUGAAAUCAUCCAGCAGUUUUGAUAAUCCAGAUAUAUCUAGUAAUUAUUGCUGUAGGCCACCGAAAGAAACAAAAUGGGAUGAAAUGAACAUAAUAGCAACACUGCACCCAGCAGAGAAAGAUUAUGGGCAUAUGAAAAUUGAUGAACCAAAAACCCCAUACAACUACGAAGGCCUGCAGGGUGAAUUUGAAUUUGAUCAAUUAGAUUCUAAUGCAGUUGCAGCCAAAUUGGCAGGUAGCAGCAAGCCAAAAAUAUUUGAAGAGUCAAGUGAAGAUGAAGAUGAGAAGGAAACACCUGAGGAAAGAGAGAAAAGGAAAGCAUUCGAAGCUAAGAGAAAACAGCAUUAUCGAGAGUGGCAAGUAGUACAGAUGGCUCGAAAACAAUUACUGGAACAAGAUGAAGAUGACGAGGACGAAGAUGAUGAAGAAGAAAUGAAGAAAGAAGAGGAUCAUGAAGAAGAUAUACAAAAGGAUGACGAUAACAUGUCUUAUCUUUCUGAACAAAUUAACUUUGAUGUUAGAUACAAGUGCAUGCCGUCCUGUGAUAAAGCAGAGCAGAAAUGAUACGGCUAAGGACUGCAAAAAAAAUAUUAUGAAUUACCAAAAUAUAGAGGUAAUUUAUCUCAUAUUUUCUGUUUGUGGUAAAAUCUACUUCCUUUUGUCCGGUAAUUAAUAGACAAACUAAAUUAUUAGUUGAGUAGUAUUGUCUUUCUUAGGUUAGUUAAACGAUGAAGUCAAUAAAUUUUUACGACUGAUUGGUUUAUCAUUUUCUAAAAAUGAACUUAUUAAUUGAUCAGUGUAAUUAAUUACACAACGAAAGUUAGUGUCAAUAUAUAGGUAAUUAAUUGCGUAAUUAAUUACAAGCAUUCAAACUAAAUAAUUAAUAAUUAAACAGGCAUUUGUUCUUCACAUUUUCAAUUAUUUGACAGUUCAAAAUUAAUUAAUUCGAAAUUCAAAAUGGCACUUACUUGUUUCCCUGAAUGUACAAAAAGUAGUAACAGUUUUAAGAAUAAAAGUAUAGAUUUCUUUAGAUAUCAUGACAAACUAACAGUACUUUGCUGAUAUAUAUUGGUGCUGUAGUGAAGACUAAUACAAUUAUUAAUUGUUUAAUUAACUUGUAGUUAUCAGUUAUUAACAUUUUAAUCGGUAAAUUGUUAUUAUAUGAUUACUUAACAUUUCAAUUUAUUAAUUAAAUUACACUGUUAUUUCAUUCAUCUAUUCUAGGUUAUUUAAAAUAUUUACUUUUGCGUAAAUAAUGAACUAAUUUUAUAAUAUUUCAUUAAUUAAUUAUGUUUACAAUAAUUUUGUAAUCUUUUUUUACAUAUUACAAACAAAAAAUCGUUUAAUUUAAUGCUGAGGAAUUUAUGAAAUUACAACUGAUCUUGUUAAUAAAUAUUUUAACAGUGUAAUUAGAAAACGAGUGAUUCCUACAUGAGAAUAAAAUACUUUGGAUAUUUUUGAGUUAUUGAACAUGAAAAUUGUAUGAUGAGUGAAAAGAGAUUUAGAGUAUUGAAAUUAAUAGCAUGAACCCAGUUGUUUAUAAUAAAUCGUUAAAUGAAUAUAUAAUAAUUUUUAUUUCCAUCUUUUGAGAAUAUCGUAUAUUUACGAAAAAAAUAUCUUGAAGGUACUUCUGACUAUAUACUACAGUCUAUAAAUUAAUUUCCAAAUAGGAUUUUCUGUAAACUUUAAUAAAAAAUUUCACAAUCAGAUUAUCGAUGUCUUCACACUAGUAUAAUUAUCAAUAUUAAUUGCUUUACUAAGUUAAAAAUAUUAUUAAAAAUUAAAGUCGUAAAAUAUUGUAUAUAUUUUUCUAUAAAAUUUACUUUAUUAUCAUAUAGAACUUUGAUUAAUUUUUAUAAAAAAAUUAUGGCCAUAAAAUAAUGCAUAAAAAAUAAUAUAUUGUGAUAGAACUUUUGUUACUCAGUUAACGAAGUUGGAUCUGUAUUGCCAUUGAAAAUGUAGUCCAAUUCUGGUAUUUCGCCUAUUGUGUCAAAUCUACUUUAUUCAGUUUUAAAUUUCUACAUUUUUUUUUAAAGUUUAUUUAUUAUUUUAUUGCAUACUUUACAUAAUACUAUACAAACUAUAGUAUUAAAAAGCAAUAGUAACAAAAGUUUCUAAUUCCACAUGUUAUUUGAAAUUUUAGACUGCUCUUUCUAUUUCUUUAUUAAACAUUCUAAGAUUAGAAAACUGCAAAUGUUUUUUUAUAUUGCAGCAAGAGGGAUCAUCGUUUAGACAAUCGAAAUUAUGUUUUUUUAAAAUAGUUUUCGUACCAUGAAGCACAUACAUAUUUUUGUAGGCUCAAAGAAUUGCUCGUCCGAAUUAGUUAUAGAUGAUUAGAUGCCGUCUAACAUACUAGUGUGUCGUUUCAGAUUAUAUAUUGCAUUGUAAAUAUGUGUAAUAACAACGAAUACAAUACGUUAGGAUUUAUAUAUAGAAAGGAAUAGAACUGCGAAUUAAACGCCAAACUGAAUGUUUCAGCGAUUUUAAUAUUUUUUUCACACUGUUCAGUAUCAACAUUUUUAUAUGUAGUAUAUGCUAUAGAUGAUCAUUAUAUUAAUAGCGAUUACAGUCACUGUGGUCAGUUUUGCCAGAUGUUACAAGCUAAACAACAAUUUAAUUAUUUGUUAAAUUUUAAAGUCUACUUCAGCAAUAAAAUUUAAACAGAAAUAGAUAUGUUGCGAGAUAUAAAUCAUUUUUCUUGUAAAGCAACUUAGGUGAACCAUAAGCUUACUCAUAUUAGUUAUAGGAGAAUAACUUCAAUUACACGUUGCUUACUGUAUAUAAUUUUUUACUAACUUGAUUAAUGGAAUAUGUAAUGUAAUGGAUGUAUGUACACUUAUUAAAUUCUGUUUACAUUAUGGUGCAUAUUAGCACCCCUUAUUAUGUUAACAUAAUUAAAUUCUUUACUUUAUUGUAUUAUUGCAUACAAGCUUUUACGCUUACAUUAGUUACAAUACUCAAAUCUGCAGCUUUAAGCUUAGCAUAAGAUAACUUAGAGUAGAAUGAAUUGUAAUGAAUAAAUAGAUUAAGGACAGUCAUAUAUCAUUAUUUUAUAAUUUUAAUUUUUGAUCAUAACAUUUAAUGUCUGCAAUCUGUGGAAAGUGUUCAAUGAAAAAUAUAAGAAAAUUAUUGUAUCAAUCUUAGAGAAAUUGAAAAACUUAUAUUAAUAAGUUACAUAAAAUAGUUAUUAUUAUAACUAUUUUUAUUAUAUUAUUUUAAAUUUUUGUAAGACACGAGAGCUAUAAUAAACU